AUGUCUGAUUUUGUUGGUAAAACAAUCUCAUUAAUUUCUAAAAAACAUAUAAGAUAUGUUGGAAUUUUAGAAAAUAUUAAUGCAGAAGAAGGUACAAUUGCUUUAAAGCAAGUUAGAAUGUUUGGUACUGAAGGUAGAAUGCAACAACAACCUCAUUUAGAAGUUCCUCCUGGUCAUGAAAUUUAUAGUUAUAUUGUAUUUGGUGGAAAUGAUGUUGCUGAUUUAUCUGUUUUGGAUAUUCCAAUUGAAGAAGUUAGACCAAUUUAUCCACCACAAAAUUCUGGGUUUUUCCCACCUGGUGUUCCACCACCUCAACAACAACAAUUUCAACAAUAUCCUCCUCAAUAUCAACAACCUCAACCUCCUCAACAACCGAAUUAUCUACAACCUCAAACUCAGACCAACCCACCUCAACAACAACACCAACAACAACAGCAACAACCAACACCAACUUCAACUGCUGAAACUUCAAAGACUACUAAUGAACAACAACAACAACAACCAAAACCAAAACCUUCAAAUAAUCAAUCAAGUCAACCAACUGAAACGGGAGCACCACAACAACCACCAGCAAAAGAAGCAAAACCCCAACCAACUAAAACAACUUCAGAAAAUCAACAAGCAAGCAAGACAACUGAAAAAAUUCCAAACGCUCAAGAACAAUCCAUCCCACAACCACCAACCCCAGAAAAAGAACACAAAUCAUCAGACUCAGUAAAAUCAGCCCAACCGGGUUCAAGACCAAAUUUCAAACCAAAAAAACAACCAUCAUUCGAAGGAGAUUUCGAUUUUGAAAAAUCAAAUGAAAGAUUCCAUAAAGAAUCCCACCCACAACAACCAGAAACAGAAGAAGAAAGACCAAAAUAUAACAAACUGUCAUCUUUUUUUGAUUCAAUAUCAUCAUCAACUGAAGAAAGAGGUGGAAUGAGAUGGUCAGAAGAAAAAAAUUUAAAUAUUGAUACUUUUGGAGAAAGUGGGUAUAGAGGCAGAGGUAGAGGCAGAGGUUUUAGAGGUGGCUAUAGAGGUUCAAGAGGUUCAAGAGGUUCGGGAAGAGGUGGUAGAGGGAAUUGGAGAGGAUCAUCAAGAGAAUCAAAACCUGAAUGGGCUUAA